AUGUUUUGUUUGUUUAGAAAGUGCUGCGGGCGAGUUGGCGAAAUGCACACAGCGAGCGCUGAAGGACAGUAUCGAGGGACGAACGGCGCAGCACUGGGGCGAGAUAAAGUCGCGAUAUUGGACGCUGGAUCCCAGUAUGGAAAGGUGAUCGAUCGCCGUGUCCGCGAGCUGUGCGUGGAGUCGGACAUCCUGCCGCUGGACACGCCGGCGUACCACCUGAGCGAGGCGGGCUACAGGGCGAUCAUCAUAUCCGGCGGCCCCAACUCGGUGUACGCCGAGGACGCGCCCAGAUAUGACGCGGACAUAUUCAAGAUGGGUCUGCCCGUCUUAGGCAUAUGUUACGGCAUGCAGAUGUUGAACAAGGAGUUCGGCGGUUCCGUACUUCGCAAAGAAGCGCGUGAGGACGGACAGUACGAGGUUGAGGUCGAGACUUCUUGUCCGUUAUUCAAUCGUCUAGAAAAACUGCAGCCGGUGUUACUGACGCACGGGGAUAGCGUAUCGAAGGUCGGGGAUCGAUUCCGCGUAGGUGCACAGUCGUCCAAUCAUCUCAUCGCCGCCAUAUACAACGAGCAGUUGCGACUCUACGGCGUUCAGUUUCAUCCAGAGGUGGACCUAACUCCGAAGGGCAAGCAGAUGCUGUCGAACUUCCUGUUCGAUAUAGCGGGAAUGUCGCGCUCCUUCACGCUGCGCUCGCGUCGCGACGCGUGCGUGCAGUACAUUAGGGAUACCGUCGGCGACAAUAAAGUGCUCGUACUGGUGAGCGGUGGAGUAGAUUCGACAGUGUGUGCAGCGUUGCUGCGGACGGCGCUCCGGGAGGACCAAGUGGUCGCGCUACAUAUCGACAAUGGAUUCAUGCGUAAAAACGAAAGUGCCAAGGUGGAGAGAUGUCUGCGCGAACUCGGAGUCCGUCUGCACGUCAUCAACGCGGCACACCAGUUCAGACAAGGCAGCACGACGGUCCGCGAGACGGGCGGCCGCACCCGCCACACGCCGCUGCUGUGCCACACCACCGCGCCGGAGGACAAGCGCAAGAUCAUCGGCGACGUGUUCAUGCGCGUGGCCGAGCAGGCCGUCAAAGAUCUGCUCCAUGCACAAGAGGACCAAGUGCUCCUCGGCCAGGGCACCCUCCGGCCCGACCUCAUCGAGUCUGCUUCGUCUCUCGCGUCCAGCAACGCCGCUACGAUCAAAACGCACCACAACGACACCGAAUUGGUUCGCGUGUUGAGGCAAUGCGGUCGGGUCGUCGAACCGCUCAAGGACUUUCACAAAGACGAGGUGCGCAUAUUGGGUGCAGAACUAGGUUUACCGCCACUUCUAGUAGAACGGCAGCCGUUUCCGGGGCCCGGGCUGGCCGUUCGAGUGCUGUGCCAGGAAGAGCCUUUCGCCGAUAGGGAUUUUGCAGAGACACAGGUGAUAGUAAAAAUAAUGGUGGAGUACGCGUCAAUGUGUGUCAAGUGCCACGCGCUGCUCGGGCGAGUGACGAACGCGACCACGCCCACCGAGCAGGCCGAGCUCCGCCGCAUCUCUUCCACGGGUCCACUCGUUGCCACGUUGCUGCCCGUUCGCUCUGUGGGAGUGCAAGGUGACGGACGGACGUACAGCUAUGCGGUGGCGCUGUCGACGGAGCGCUACCCGCCCGACUGGAAGGACAUGCAGUAUCUCGCGCGCAUAAUACCCCGCGUCUGCCACAACGUCAACAGGGUGUGCUACGCCUUCGGAGGAGUGAUAAAGGAGCAAAUAACCGACAUCACGCCGACCUUCCUCACGCAACAAGUCAUCUCCACCGUUCGCCAAGCGGACGACCUCGCCGCGCAGGCGCUGGCGUCGAGCGGCUACGCGAACCGCGUCGCCCAGAUGCCGGUGGUGCUCAUUCCGAUCCACUUCGACCGGGAUGCCGCACUGCGCGCGCCGUCGUGCCAACGCUCGCUGGUGCUUCGCCCCUUCCUCACUUCGGACUUCAUGACCGGCGUGGCGGCUCUGCCCGGCUCGGAAGUCAUGCCGCAGGAAGUGGUGGACAGAAUGCGCAAAGAGCUGAUGACGGUGCCCGGGAUUUCGCGCGUGCUCUACGACUUGACGCCCAAGCCGCCCGCUACCACCGAGUGGGAAUGA